UAGAAAAGAGAGAGAGAGAGAGAGAGAGAGAGAUGGCGGGAGCUUUACUGCAUUUGAACAGCACAACCGUACUCGCCAGCCUUCAAGAGAACCAACCUAGGGUUCAUCUUCCAGAGAAGACGGCGAAUCGUCGAGUCCUGGUUUUGGGAGGAACGGGUCGGGUCGGUGGGUCCACCGCCAGUGCUCUCUCCAAGCUCUGCCCUGAUCUUCGGAUCAUCGUGGGUGGUAGAAACAGGGAAAAAGGUGCUGCUAUGUUGGCUAAACUUGGAGAGAACUCGGAGUUUGCUGAAGUCAACAUUGAUAAUGUGAAGUCAUUGGAAGCAGCUCUAAAUGAUGUGGAUCUUGUAAUUCACACUGCUGGACCUUUCCAGCAGGCAGAGAAGUGCACUGUACUGGAAGCUGCUAUAGAGACCAAGACAGCAUAUGUUGAUGUUUGUGAUGAUACAACCUACGCAUGGCGUGCAAAGUCCUUAUUGGAAAAAGCAUUAUCUGCAAAUGUUCCAGCCAUAACAACUGGUGGAAUUUACCCAGGAGUGAGCAAUGUAAUGGCAGCAGAGCUAGUUCGUGUUGCAAGAAGUGAAAGCCAGGGCAAGCCUGAAAGACUAAGAUUCUACUACUACACAGCAGGUACUGGUGGUGCUGGUCCAACAAUAUUAGCCACUAGCUUUUUACUUCUGGGGGAAGAGGUUGUUGCAUAUAAUAAAGGAGAAAAGAUCAAACUAAAGCCUUAUAGUGGAAUGCUCAACAUUGACUUUGGAAAAGGGAUUGGAAAGAGAGACGUUUAUCUGUUGCACUUGCCUGAGGUACGGAGUGCUCAUGAGAUCCUUGGAGUACCUACUGUCAGUGCUCGAUUUGGAACUGCACCAUUCUUCUGGAAUUGGGGAAUGGAAGCUAUGACAAAUCUUCUUCCUGUGGAAUUUCUGAGAGAUAGGAGCAAAGUCCAAGAAUUGGUUCAAUUGUUUGACCCCAUAGUCCGAGCUAUGGAUGGAAUUGCAGGAGAGCGUGUGUCAAUGAGGGUUGAUUUGGAGUGUUCAGAUGGCCGCAAUACAGUUGGUCUUUUCAGUCACCGUAGACUCUCUGUCUCAGUUGGAUUUGCCACAGCUGCAUUUGCACUGGCCGUGCUUGAGGGAAGCACACAACCUGGUGUCUGGUUUCCAGAAGAGCCUGAAGGAAUUGCAAUUGACGCAAGGGAUAUUCUUCUCAAACGUGCCGCCCAAGGAACAAUCAACUUUAUAAUGAACAAGCCCCCAUGGAUGGUGGAAACGGAUCCAAAGGAGCUUGGAUUGGGGAUAUACGUAUGAGGGGUGCUCACACAGAAGUUCCAAGAACAGUUGGAAAAUUUUUCUUCAGCUUUUCAACCCAACCCAGUGGUAAAAGUCUUCAAUGUUGCUUUUGAUGUUAUGGUUCAUAGAAGUGGCUUGAAGAUCUAAUAUCUGAAGUGUUUCUUACAUCUGAGGUGCUGAUGGAUACAUAAUUUGCAGAGAGCUUUACCAUUUUUGGGAGAUCACAUGAUGAUUCACUCAUCAUUCUUCUUGAGGAAAGUGAUCAAAAUAUCAUGAAACCUUUUAUGUGAUAAACUUAUUGUAUUAGCAAUUACAUUUUAUUUCUUUUUUGUAAAUGUGUUAGUUCCCAUAAUUUGAUGGAUUACUAAAAAACAAUAUGCAAUUCCUUGUGUUUUAUCUUC